AUGGCUACCUAUGUCCAUUUCACUCCGAUGUCGUCCCCUCCAUCCAUCUAUAUGCUCGCCCUGCCCGCCCUGCCCGCCCGGAAGACCUCUUGGCAAUUGAAUACGCAAAUUCUACCCUCAUUCUCCCGCAAGAUCACCCAACGAGCCAAGGCAAGAACGUACGGCAAUGCAAGCCGCCCCAAGGACAGCAAUGGUUCUUCGGCGUCGGAGUCAUCGUGGCCAUAUAGAACACCGAGGGCGACGGAUGCCACCCCUGCGCGUACGUCUGUCAUCCACGGGAACUUCCUUAUCGUGCAAACGGAGAGUUUUGCGAGAACGAAGUGCUCUACCCCCUCAUCCGCGAUCAUCUCCCGCUGCUCCGUCUCUUCCUCCUCCUCUGCAAUGGUCAAAGAGCGCGUCGACCAUGUCGUCGACUUCUUCUUCUGCCGUCUCGCCAUCAACACCACCUGGGGUCCCUACUACGAGCAUCACUGGGAAGCGUUCCAUGAGGCUGCGAUGCAGAUCAGCACUCAGAUGUGGCUGAAUGACGACGCGUGGACCCUCGAACCCGCGCCGGAACGUCUCCACCGCAGAAAGGACGAUGUACCUCACCACGACCGCGGUCGCCCACGUAAGUGUCGUCGCCUCGCCCCACGCUUGUCCGACGCCGAGUCCGAGGCGUCAAACUCCACGGACGAUUUCCAAGGUCCCCAAACCUCCUCCGAAGACGAAGACAACGAAGACAACGACCACGCUCCGCGGAUACCCUCGCGUCGAAAACCCGGUGCGGCCCCGCGCAUUCCUCGGACGCCGAAGACCCCACGGACACCGCGCCGGCCACGGGUCGACCGAGCGUCGCUUGCGCAUCCGACCGCACACUCGAAGGCGGCGCUGAAGCGGCGGAAGAACGGCGCUGGCAACAUUGGGAAGACUGCCACGGUGGAUUCGGCAGUGAGGGAAUUGAAGCGGCUGGCUGAGAGUGAGCUGCAGCACCAGCGUGCUGAACUCGCUCCUCGCGGGGUCGCGUGGAAGGCGGAAGACGAGCGGCGGGUGGCACUCAACCUCGAUUAA